CACACAGCGUACACGCAAACACGCACACACUCACACUCUGUGAAUGCACCCCUCCCUUCUCCAUACUUCUUGCAGUGGAGCAGACAGAGCUGCUGCAGCGACUCCCCGCAUCAUAUCAAACACAUCCGACUGAAAAGGAGCUUCUUCACCGUCCCCCCCACAAGAUUUCUGUGUUUUUGAGCCCAUCUAGCAUCUUGCAUCAGAUUUUUUUUGAGUACAAUUGUCUCUCAGCCUCCCGUGAGUGGAUUGCUCCUCCUGAAUCUCCUGCAGAGACAACAUGCACCUCAGCCUGCAGCUUCCUGUGGACUAGGACCAGAGCGAGCCCUUCCUUCCGAUUUUAUUCAAAACACUUAGCUUCGUCAGUACAGUCCAAUGGCCGCCCAGCAGCCCAACAGCAUGGAGGAGCCCCAGCCCCCAAUGAACACACAACCAGAAGGAGACGCCGUGACUUCUCAACCAACCAGUGCAGAGCAACAAACGACAGGUGCUCCUGAGAUCAAGCAAACAGAGGAGGGGAAAGCAAUGGAGCACCUGGCGGUGAUCAGUGACAACACAGAGACCAGUAAUGGCAUUGGUCCCAUGAUCGGUGACUCGUCUCCCACAGCGUCCUCUGUGUCGCCCAAGUUGCACGCCAAGCCUGGAGGUCACGCUAACGGUCGACCUCGCUUGGGCAGCCGGUCCGGCUCGUUGGCGGCGGGCUCACCAAGGCCCUCGCUCACCCGCCAGCCCAGUGCAAUCACAGAGGCCGCUGUGGACGGAUCCAAGCCGAGGGACUACCUGAUACUCGCCAUCCUGUCGUGCUUCUGCCCAUUGUGGCCCAUCAACAUCGUAGCCCUCACCUUCUCUGUGAUGUCCCGAAACAGCCUGCAGCAAGGCAACAUUGAUGGAGCUCGCCGCCUUGGCCGCAACGCCAUGGUGCUGUCUGUUGUCUCCAUUUUAGGAGGGAUCGCCAUCAUUGCUGCAGCCAUUGCCCUCAACUGGGGAUUGAUUUUAAAAUCCUGAUCAAAAGCAGCCCGCACAGCAAGACCGACUUCACGAAAAACAACUAACCCGACCUGACACGUUCCCCCGCAUUCACGAAGCACUCUUGUACUCAAGCGCCUGCACUGGACGAAAAAAAACAAAUACAGUUCUGUUCCCAUUCUUUGCUGUUGUUUCUUGCUGCACGACGAGCAUGGUCUGCCUGACGCUCUACCUCUGACACGACUGAUGAACACAAUCCUGACACUGACGUCCGAUCUGGAGAUGGAGAGAUGGACGGAUCACUCUGUGGUAGCAGCUUAUCUCCUCCUCAGACUGUUUUCUCCCAUCGAUGAUGUUGUCAUGGAGAUGGACAUCUGUCUCCAUGGAAAUGGGAUUAUUCUGGUCUCCAAAUGAGGUCCAGGAAUGGAGCAAACUUGGGGACGUGUAUUUCAUGCUUUGAUGCCAAAUAAUUAGAAACUUGGUCUCAGCUGAACUGAAACUGGGAAAUGGUGCUGCUGUGAACAUGAACUGAGUCUUUUUACUGUGAAGGGAUGAAGGAAAAGGACCGAGUGAACUGUGUAAAGACAAAGUGGAGGACUGUUUCAUGCCAUCAAGUCACAUCUGGGUUAGUUUCUGUUUUUCCCGUUUCUUUGACUCAGUGAAAACUGUCAUUCAGGUUUUUCUUUCCUUGGUUUUAUUGGUCUUUGUGGAAAAAAAUGAAUCAUGUUCCUGAGGUUUACUUUCCAAAUUCCAAAUUUCCAAUCAUUCAGAUACAGCAGCUGCUAUAAAACCAACAAAGUUAAUUCAGCCCUUGUUGUCCUUAGUCCCAGUUUCAUCGUGGAUCUUUCAGUACGUGAACAUUUUGAAAUCAGAUGAGACUGAAAAAUAACACCACCUACGUGUCGCAGAAAGAAAGAUUAUGCUGAGUCGUGGUCCUCUGAGUCCCUCAGAUUCAGCCAUAUCUAAUUAUUCUCUCUGACCGCAGCCUGUUCUACUUAAUGGACCUAAAGUGAUGGACAGUUUUAUAUUAUUCUCAGCGAACUCCAGGACUUCUAUUAAUUUGGGUGGUUAAGGUUACACCGCACAUCUCAUCUUACGAUGUGAUUUCACAUACUGCGGAUCAAUUUUUCCUCUGCAGCAGUUUCAUUUCAAUCUCCUGUUUCUUCACAAGCCCCUAACGCUCCAGGUUUUUAUUGGCCCUCUUCACAUAAAGUACAUGGAGAUGCUUUCAGUAUCUGGUCUCCUGGUCCAGUAUCAGGCUCUAGCUCAGUCUCAACUGCAUAUAACAUAAUAACCGUGCCGUAUGCCGUUGGUAGUGGACACAAAUUUCCACAUUAUACUCGUUUAUGAAGGAUUAUGUAAAAUAAAUCCCACCAUUUUCUAGUUUUUGACCUCUCCAUCUACCACAUCUGUCUUUGAGCUAUGUUGAUCAUUUUGCUCAUUUCCUGCCUUUCGGUUUCUAACUUAUCUCUGAUUACUGACGCCAACAUUAAACAUCUUCACACUGUUCGUUAUCGCCAGCACAACAUCAAUGCUUCCUUCACUACCAUCAGUACCAUAAGGAAAAAUAUGGACUGUCAUGUUUGACUUAGUACCCGAGUCAUCUGUUCUUGUGACUUCCCUACAUCAGAUAAUCAGAUAAUCCAAGGGAAUGAAUCCUAUUGAUUUGAUCUCCGCCGUUUUUUCACGCUUGUUCAUAAAAUAACAUGGACAUGGUAAAAAUCUGUAAACAAAAUCCAAAUGUUGGGAAAGUUGUCUUAUCGAUAAAACUAAAAUUGGGCAAAGAACCGGUAAAUAAAUGAACAUGAAUCGCGUGACUUCAGCGUCCACUGAACCUUUGGCUCCGGUGGAGAGAGGAAAAAUCUGUAUGAAAUCAACGAGGAAACGUCAGCCGUCCUCGCAUUACUUUCUAUAUUAUUUUUGUUUUUCAAAUUUGUCCAUGGAUGUAUUAAUGACAACUGGAUACUGGACUCAAACGCGGCUGCAGCUAGCUUAAAAAAUAAAACUGACUUUUUUUUUUUUUUUACAAAAAUGAUACCUCGACGGAUUAAAACUUCAAAAAAGAUUAAAAAACAAGCGCGUUUACAGUUUAACACACGUCUCUUUUAUAAUAGGGUUAUAUGAAGAAAAUGGGGUUUUCACUGCAAUACCAUGACUGGUCCCUAGGCAGCAUUUGCAGCAAGGCACUGUACCAGCUCUAUUGAUACAUCCAUGGAUUUGACUGCAGCUGUUUUAAUGAUCUCUCGGUGCCAAACCCCAGAGUGUGUACCAACCAGCACAGAACAGCUUCCCCUUUUAGCCUGAUUUAUGGAAUGUAUGCACGCUAACAGACACUUUUGUGGACAGAUUGUUUUGGGAGAACGUCGCGGAAAUAAGCUGUUGUUACGGACGUUAAUCAGCCCCUCGUCUCCUCUAACCUGUGCAUGUUUACAGUAUUUAUUACAGAAUGCUUUUACAUAAGACUGUAGCCUCAUUUAGCAAGCAAGCUAACUGAGUAGCACUUUGUAAAUAGAUGGUAUGAGAAAGUAAAGAUACCCCCUUCUUCUUUUUGCUUUAUCAUGGACUGAUUCAACCUGGCACCCAACAAAAAAUGCGCUUAAAUGUUCAGAUCAAAGGUUCAAAGCAGUGACAUGAUUGAACCGAUCAGUGUGUAGAGGUGAGGUCAGGUGAGGUCAGGCUCAGAGGUGAGGAAGGAGGGGAGUGUCUUAUAGUGCUGCGUUCAUGUCAUACGGGACAAAUCGACACACUUUCAUUGAUUGGAGGCGGCCAUUUUUGUUUGGUUUUCAGACAUGUCUAUAACGCCAUAUUAAUGCGUCUCCAAGGGUUAUAAUAUUUACAAACCUGAAACACAUAAUUACAAAAUCUAUAUGCUAUGGCAUGAACGCAGCAUUAAGGUCAUGUCCAUCCCGUACACACUUUCACUCCACUCACUCCUGUACUGUAUGUAGCAUGCCUGUUUACUAAUCAUAUUAUGCAAAGAGUAAAAAGUCCCAGCAAUCGCUAACUUAUCUGAUUUUUUGCUAUGGUAAUGUACUCGCACAUGGUUUUUAUGGACUUUGCUUGCGCUACCUCUCAGAGUUGCCUACAGUGUUUAAUCAAUCACAACUCAUGUUUCAUUUCAUCAUGAUGAUUUUAACUGACUGUUAAAUCUCUCGUAUUUCUGUUUGUAAUUUUGCUCAGUUAACGCUUCUUUUGGAGAUUUUCACGGCUAACGUUGUAAUUUCUUGACAAUAUCGUGCAAGAUUUUGAUUGUGAACACAUUCCCACGAAUCUAUACAGUCAUUUGUCUCUGAUUCAGCUGGCACAAGAUGUGUAAAUAGAACAACCACUAUAGUAUAUGUACAUCAAACAGAAAACUGCCCUAUAGGAAACAUUAUGUCUAACACUGAGAAGUGAAAAGGUCAGAGGAAGAUUUUGCAGCAGAGGUGUCUUGAUCUUAAAUAGCUGGUGAGAUUUGAUUUUAAGAUUCAAAAUUUACAGUGUAGGUGGCGAUUCAAUCGCAACGCAAGAGUCAGUUGGAUUUUAGGGUAACUUAGCUGGAUUUUUAUGUCCACAGUAAACUGACAGUGCCUUGUUCUCCAGUGAGGUUGAAUGUAAAAUGAUAAAGUGUAAGUCCGCAGAGCUAAAGCUAACUCAAAGGAAACUAGCAAGCUGUGCAGUAAAAUAAAAGUUCCUCAAGCGAAACCAACUCGUAAAUAAUAUUUGAAAAUGUCUAGACUUCAGAUGGAAAAUUUGCAACAGCGAGUAGCACAGCGAGGAAUUCAUUGUUUAUCAGGUAUGGCUACAUCAUAUGGACUGAAAUGACUGUAAGCCUAGGUAACUUAGUGUAGCACAAAGACUGAAAGUGGGACGUACCAAUAGCUAGCUAGCUACCUAGCUAGCUAAAAAGCUGUUGCAAGAGAUGAAAAAAAAAACAAAAAACACCAUGUUAAAUUACAUGUCUACAUGUUAAUUUAAACUCUUGACUACAUACACAAUUCCAGGUUAUGUUAGCAUAUCUUAGCACACAACUGAAUUAGAGGAUAUGUUUAGCUAUCUACUUGGUUAGCUAGAAAACUGCCUUCCAACAAGACUUAGCAAAGAAGAUGAUGUGUAGAAGACAACUGUUUUGUAACAUUAGUAUUCAAAUUUCAACAAGUAUGAUUUUCAAAUUAUCUGUAUUUGAUUAUAAUGUGCACCCAAAAUAAUUGUCAGCAGUACAUAGCCUACUGUAUGCUGCAGAUUAAUUUGACCAAUGUGUUAGUUUAAACUUGUUUUAUUACACCUGACUACUGAAAGAAGUGCAGCAUUUAGCCUAGCUCAGUACAUACUCUGUAAUUAAGGGAUAAAUGUUAGCUAUCUGACGCUAACAUUUAGCAAAAAAAAUAGAUAGCAACAGAUAGCAAAAAAUAAUCUCAAAUUAAUUUGUUAGCAUAGCAUAGCACAUUUCAGUAAGUCUCAAUAUAGGCACAACCGUUUCCCACACAUAAAUGUAACAAUAAAUAAAAAGCAUGCUCAAAUCCCCUUAGCUUUAAUAUAUAUUGAGAUAUGUUAACUUUGACAUUUAAAUAUAUUUAAAAGUCCAAAGGUUUGAGGCUAUUGAUCCAAGGCCACUUCUUCCAGCUCAUAGUUUGCUGCUUCAAAUUAGAUUGUAAUAUUUCCAGGAUAUCCAUUAAGCUUCAAGAAUUUGACAGUUUCACUAUAGAUUAAACUGUUAAACUGUAUUAUUUUGUUUUAGAAAUACUGAAAAUCUUCCAAAGGACUUCUCAUUUCGAAUACAGUCUACUGUACAUGCUGUGUAAAUGCUGUAUUUAUUGUAGGUUGGUUAGUUUGAUGUUCACUUUAACUCUUUGCACUCGUCAGAUUCUCUGCUCUUGUUUAUCUUUAUUUGUAAAUGCUCUUUAGACACCUGAUUACCUGAUCUUUGUAUUUUUAUAUUGCUCUUCUCAUUGUCUGGAUCUCUUUUGUAUUUAUAUGGUAAUCUCCUGUUUGUAACACUCAGUAUAACCUGCUUCCAGCUUGCUUAUUUUAUUUUAUUUUACGUUUUUUUAAAAACCAGCAAGAUCAGAGGACGUUGUAAGCAUGAUAGAUCGUCAGCUGACUUCAUUAUGUCCUCCUCGUAUUAGUGAUUGCUCGCUCCUGACACCAGACUCUCUUUGUGCCUGUGCAUGCCUUAAAUUAUGGAGCAUACUGAAUGAGUAUGGGUGUACACAAUACAUUUAUCAAAGACACCGUUGUUGAGUAUUGGAUCAUGUUUGAAGGGAAUAAAUCACAGUUAUAUACGA